AUGGCAAACUACGCCGCUGUGAACGGGCGGUGUUGGAAGCAGGCCCCCAGCACAGGAGGGACACCUACUGGAGGGACACCUACCGGAGUGACACCUACUGGAGGGACACCACGAUGCCCCCCUACUUGGAGUCGGUGGCAAGACAAAUGCUACAAGAUGCCUGAUGCCGACGCAACAUGGGAAGAGGGCAGGCAGAUUUGUGUUGAGUUGGGUGGGGUGAUGGUUGUACCUAAAUCCGAAGAAGAGUUACAACAGCUCAACAAGAUGUUCAGUGGCCAGUGGUUCUGGAUUGGUUGCAACGACAUUCAAACUGAAGGUACCUGGGUGUGUUUGGAUGAAGGUACCAUUGACGUGCAGGACAAGAGAUGGGAUUAUAGCGGUCAGCCAGAUAAUUACCUAGGCAACGAAGAUUGCGCUGAAGGCCUGGCGGCCGGCUGGAACGAUACUCCUUGUGGUCACACACGCAAUUUAAUCUGUCAGCUUUGA